AUGUUUGCAGAUCUAAGGUGUUCUCCGUCAUGUGCCCGAGCUGGCGUUCAUGGCACCGUAGCAAUUUGCCCUCCUGAUUGUUUCCAGUAUAAAGGAACACUGGAUGUCUUCUACAAAAUAAUCCGACAGGAAGGAUUUGCAAGGUUAUGGAGAGGCACAAAUGCAGGCCUAGCACUGGCUGUACCCACUGUGGGUAUCUAUCUGCCUUGCUAUGAUGUUUUCCGUAACCAGUUAGAGGAAUUCACUGGACAGAAUGCUCCAAGCAUGUUGCCUUAUACCCCUUUAGUAGCAGGCUCAUUGGCACGAUCAUUAGCUUGCACAAGCUGCUACCCUAUUGAACUUGCUAAAACUCGCAUGCAGGGAAAUUUUUANAGAGAUGGUGUUGCUCUAGCAAAUGCUUACGGUGCGGUUGUGAUCUGGGUGAUGAUCAUUACAACGUGUAUGACAACGUUGGUGAUGCUGCUCGUUUGGGACACACAUGUUCUUCUCAUACUAAUGUUUUUCGUGCCCUACAUACUGAUUGAAGGUGUCUUUAUGACAUCCUUGCUCACCAAAAUCCCACAAGGAGGAUGGGUUCCAUAUGCUAUCUCAGCUUUCUUCUUGACUGUCAUGUUCUCUUGGUUAUAUGGAAGGAGUAGGAAGAGUGCAUAUGAAGCCGAGAGGAAGAUGAGCUUGGGUGAACUGAACCAAAUGCUAGCAAGAAAUACGGUUUAUCGAGCAUCCGGAACUUGCUUCUUCUAUACUGAUCUUGUCAAUGGGAUUCCACCCAUCAUCCGGCAUUACAUUCAGCACACAAGUUCUGUGCAUGAAACCAUGGUGAUUGUAACUUUUAGAACACUCCCAGUCAAAAAGGUUCUACCAGAGGAAAGGUUUAAUGUUGGAAAACUGGGAAGUGAUGGGGUUUAUAGGUGUUUGGUUCAGUUUGGUUACAAUGAUUCACAGAGCAUUGCAGUUGCCGGAGAUGAAUUUGUUGCUUCAGUGCUGGCAAAACUCAAAGAGCACGCUGAAUCCACCGACGAAAUAGAAAGACUAGAUUCAGCAGCAGAAAAGGGAGUUGUUUUUGUAAUAGGCCGGACAAUUCUGAAGACAAACCGGAACAAUGGAUGGUUUGUUCGCUUCAUAAUAGAUUACCUGUACAGAUUUCUGCAGAAAAACUGUAGGCCUGAACUUUCCAUACAUGAAGUCCCACCGGGAAAGACCUUGCAAGUCGGAAUGCUUUAUGAAAUUUAG